CGUACCAGAGACGGACCAACGGCAGAAACAAACACUACUAUCGCGGAAUUACAACGAUAAUUACAAGAUAAUCCACAAAGGACACAUUUUGUAAACACAUAUAUAUUUAAAACACGGCCGCACUGACACCCUCCACGCAGGUCUGUGGGGGGCUGAUCUUCUGAAACGGCACGGCGGAUACAAUAACAAUGGCAUCUGGUUCCCCGUCGUCCUCUCCGGACACUGCGACGGGCUCCGGCACUGACCCGGCUCGGCCCGACACGGGCGAGCCUCUCGGGGGAGCGGGCUCGGACUCGGACUCGGACUUGGGCUUGGGUAAAUUUGACUGCAGUAGCAUUGAGAUGGGAGAGCGGUUGGAGGGAGAGGAGCUGGAGGCAGAGUUCGAGUCUGCAGCGGACCGGGUCGGCGGGCUGAUCCAGACGGCCAGCAGGGACCAGCUGCUGUACCUGUACGCCCGGUACAAACAGGUCAAAGUGGGAAAGUGCAAUACACCAAAACCCGGCUUCUUCGAUUUUGAAGGACAGAGAAAAUGGCAAGCCUGGAAGCAGCUUGGAGACAUGGGAACGGAGCAGGCAAUGCGAGAAUACAUUUCCUGUAUCAACGUGUUAGACCCUGAAGGCAGCAUGAAGGAAAGACGAGGCGCAGAGAGGAGAACAGGUUUUGGAGGAGCAGCAGUCAGCUCUCUAUACCAAGAAGAGGAGAUGUUAAGGGAAGAGGAUAAGAACAUCUUUGACUACUGCAGAGAAAACAACAUCGACCACAUCAGCAAUGCCAUCACCUCCCAGGAAGUUGACGUCAAUACUAAAGAUGAAGAGGGUCGCGCUCUCCUGCACUGGGCCUGCGACAGAGGACACAAGGAGCUGGUAUCUGUUUUACUGCAGCACAAAGCGGACAUAAACAGUCAGGACAAUGAAGGACAGACAGCACUACAUUAUGCAUCAGCGUGUGAGUUUGCAGACAUUGUAGAACUCCUGCUCAAUGCCGGAGCUGACCCGUCCAUCAAAGACAUGGAGGGCUCUCUUCCUGAGGAGGUGACUGAAUCCAGCGCCAUCUCCUCACUUCUGCGUCAGUUCACUGCUCCAAAAGGCUAGAUCGUCCUUCUACACUACCACCCUGUCUUUUCUCAUGCACUAAUCUCAUUCCCACUCCUCUCACUUGCCUGGCGUUUUCAUCCUUCUUCAUUCCAGGAGAUUCUUUGUUCAACCCUGUAGUUUGUAGAUCAGAAGUGCUGAAGGUUUGUUUGCUUUUAUUUUCAACUUAUUGAGGUGAGUUUGAUUUCAACACCUUCGGCCCUCUAAGCAACAGUUGUGAACAUUAAUCACCCCAUCUGAUAAGACACACGAGAAUAAGGGCACUGCAUGUACUGUAAUAUGUCAGUAUACAGUCUUUACAUAGCUGUAUAUUUACCAUCUCCACCAGAGGAUGGGGUGACACAAAGGUUACUGAGAAACAGAUCCAUCAGCUUAGAGACAUGCUGUUGUUGGGAAGUGAUCUGUUGACGUUAUCCUCUCAAAUAAGACCUUUGUUGCGGAUAUAUAGCAAAAAUAAGUGAGCUUGACGGCAAAAGUUUAAUCAGAUAAACCAAAAGAACUUCCAUUUACAAAUAGUGCAAUUUCAAGAACUUCACAGUUUUGCAAUAUUUAUCAUCAUCAUACUCUACUGUAUCAUAUAACCAACGAGGAAGGCUGCAUAUCACCCUCUCCUACUGCUGAAGUCUGACAACCUGCCAGGCCUUUUUAUUCUGUGUCAGCCACUCUGACAGUGUGUGCUUCAGUUGUGUUACAUACCAGGGAAUGCUUUAAUUAUUUGACAAACUGUUUAUCUUCAUUAAAGUCUUCAGUAAAACCGUU